CAUCUGUAAAGACAUAGUCAUGUGAUGUCAAUGUUGUAUGAGAGUAACCAAAUGAAUGACCAUACUGUAAUGGCCUGAUAGAUAUUAUCUGACUAAUCAUCAGGAAAGAGAUAGUCAUGCUAAUGUCCAUGUAGGAGAAAUGCCAGGUGAAUUACCAUACUUGUCUUAAUGGCAUCUAUUUUUUAUUUUAUUACCAGGUGAUUCCAUUAAACAAAGGCAAGACCCACAAGGAGAAGGUAUGUCAAGUAAACGUGACGAAAAUGAAUUUGGAGGAAAGGUGCAUCGCUGUAAAAAGAUUUUCAGCCAAAGAAAUGAACCUGCUUACAACUUGAGAUCACAUCGAAUAGGGAACAGAUGUUUCUGCUGUCAGAAAGAACUUAAAUGUGAUGCUCAAAGUCAUAUGAAAGGAAGGCCAAAUGAAUGUUCAUUUUCUUACGAGAAAUUUUCUACGAAAAACCGUCUGUCUCGCCAUCUAUCAAAAAACAGAGAAAAAAAUCCACCUAAAUGUUCAUGUGAGAGUGGAUUUUCUCAGAAGAGGUUUUCAACAAAACAUAAUCAAAGACACAUCAGAGAGGAGUCAUAUAAAUGCUCAUGUGAGAAAGGGUUUUCUAAUAAGAAAUUUCUGACUCAGCAUAUCAGAACGCACACAGGAAAAAAGCUGUAUGAAUGUUCAUUAUGUAAGAAAACAUUUGCUCAAAAGAAUAGUCUGACCAAUCAUAUCAAAACACACAAUGUAGAAAAACCAUUCAAAUGUUCAAUAUGUACAAAAAGAUUUUCUUGGAAGCUUUCUCUGACCCUUCAUCUCAGAACACACACAGGUGAAAAGCCAUUUGAAUGUUCACACUGUGAAAAAAGGUUUGCUCGAAAGAGUUCGCUGAAACUCCAUCUCAGGACACACACAGGAGAAAAGCCAUAUGAAUGUUCACAGUGUAUGAAGAGAUUUUCUCUUAAAUCCUCCCUAACAGAUCAUCUGCGAAUACACAUGGGAGAAAAGCCAUUUGAAUGUUCACACUGUGAGAAAAGGUUUGCUCAAAAAAGAAGUCUGAACCUCCAUCUCAGGACACACACAGGAGAAAAGCCAUAUGAAUGUACACAGUGUAGGAAGAGAUUUUCUUUUAAAUCCUCCCUGACAGAUCAUCUGCUCAUACACACGGGAGAAAGGCCUUACGAAUGUUCACACUGCAACAAGAGAUUUACACAGAGGAAACAACUAACUUCUCACCUUAGAACACACACAAAGGAAAAACCAUACAAAUGUUCAAUAUGUAUGAAAAGAUUUUCUUGGAAGAUUUCUCUGACCCUCCAUCUCAGAACACACACGGGAGAAAAGCAGUAUGAAUGUUCACACUGUAUGAAGAAGUUUGCUCUAAAGAGUGAUCUGAUACGUCAUCUCAGAACACACACAGGUGAAAAGCCAUUUGAAUGUUCACACUGUGAGAAAAGGUUUGCUCAAAAAGGUAGUCUGAAACUCCAUCUCAGAACACACACAGGAGAAAAGCCAUAUGAAUGUUCACAGUGUAUGAAGAGAUUCUCUUUUAAAUCCUCCCUGACAGAUCACCUGCGAAUACACACGGGGAAAGGCCGUACGAAUGUUCACACUGUGACAAGAGAUUUACACAGAGAAAACAUCUAACUUACCACCUUAGAACACACACAAAGGAAAAACCAUACAAAUGUCCACAAUGUAAGACAAUGUUUUCUCGGAAAAGUAGUCUGAAAUGCC